AUGCUAUCAAGAUUGUCACUAAUACGCCAAUCCAGGAGGACUGUGGCCCAAAUAUCACACUUAAAACCACCUAAGCAGAUCACAAAUGAGCCGGUGAAGGCAUUUGCUGGUAAAGAUACCGUGGAGUGGGAUUUGUUGCGUGCUUCCAUUUCUAAGUUUAAAAGCGCAUCAUUGGACGUCCCAUUGGUUAUCGAUGGAAAGCGCAUUUACUAUAACGAGGGAGGUCGUAGUCACUUCAAGCAAACAAACCCUGCGCAUCACUCGCAGGUGUUGGCUAACGUCACGCAAGCUACAAGGGAGGACGUUAAGAAAGCGAUUGAGUCCUCUAAAAAAGCCAAGAAUGACUGGUACAAGAUGCCAUUCUAUGAUCGCGCCGCAGUCUUCUUGAAGGCAGCAGACCUAAUAUCCACAAAGUAUCGUUACGAUAUGUUGGCAGCAACAAUGCUUGGCCAGGGUAAGAAUGUUUAUCAGGCUGAAAUUGAUUGUAUUACAGAGCUAUCGGAUUUCUUCCGUUUCAAUGUCAAGUAUGCUUCUGACCUUUAUGCUGAACAGCCAUGUGAAUCCAGUCCUGGUGUCUGGAACCGCGCUGAAUACAGACCGUUAGAAGGUUUCGUUUACGCCGUGACUCCAUUCAACUUCACCGCAAUUGCCGGCAAUUUGAUCGGUGCACCUGCUUUAAUGGGUAAUACAGUGGUCUGGAAGCCAUCUCAAGCAGCUUGUUUAUCCAACUACUUGCUGUUGACGGUGCUUGAAGAGGCUGGUUUGCCUAAGGGGGUCGUGAACUUUGUUCCAGGUAACCCUGUCGAAGUUACAAAGGAAGUUCUUGCUGAUAAGGAGUUUUCUGCUCUACACUUUACUGGUUCCACUGCUGUGUUCAAACAGUUGUACGGUGAUAUUCAGCAAGGUGUCGUUUCCAACCUUUACAGAGAUUAUCCACGCAUUGUUGGUGAAACCGGUGGUAAAAACUUCCAUCUUGUUCACCCAAGUGCAAACAUUCCACAUGCUGUCUUGAGCACUUUGAGAGGUGCUUUUGAAUUCCAAGGUCAAAAGUGCUCUGCUACUUCCAGAUUGUACAUACCAGAGUCUAAGAGCGCAGAGUUUUUGAAUGAUCUUGCUGGCACAUUGAGUAGCAUCAAGCCAGUGAACACUUCAGCAUCAAAAAUCAAUGGGGGUGACUUGCACGGUUUCAUGGGUCCUGUUAUUCACGAGCAGAGCUUCAACAAAUUAGCCAAGGUCAUUGAGGAGGCUAAGUCGGAUCCUGAGUUGGAAAUCAUAUAUGGUGGCAACUACGACAAAUCCCAAGGCUGGUUCGUGGAGCCAACUGUCAUCAAGACCACUAACCCCACUCACAAGUUCAUGUCUACUGAAUUUUUUGGACCCGUUUUGACUGUCUACGAAUAUCCUGACAACGAGUUUGACAAGAUCUGUGAAAUUAUUGACACAACAACAGAGUAUGGUCUAACUGGCUCUAUCUUCGCUCGCGAUAGAGAUGCCAUCAACGUCGCCGACGAAAAACUAAAAUACAGCGCAGGAAACUUCUAUGUUAACGACAAAUGUACUGGUGCUGUUGUUGCACAGCAAUGGUUCGGUGGUGCCAGAAUGAGUGGUACCAACGAUAAGGCCGGUAGUAGCAACAUUCUCAGUAGAUUUGUGAGCAUCAGAAACAUCAAGGAAAAUUUCUACGAGUUGACGGAUUAUAAGUAUCCUUCUAACUACGAGUAG